AUGAAGGUUGAAGAGCCCUCUUCCAAUUCCAGCAUGGCCAUUACCAUAACUGUCGAAAAGGAUGGCUUCUACGAGAUCAAUGGCACCCGUCAAGAGCCUACUGUCUCGCUGCACAUGCUGGCUGGCGCAUCCAAGCUGCGUCGUCAGUUGCGGGAGAGUAAUGAGCUGAUCGUGUGUCCCGGUGUGUAUGACGGUCUGUCUGCUCGUGUUGCCAUGGAAGUUGGCUUCAAGGCUCUCUACAUGACUGGAGCAGGAACCACGGCCUCUAGACUCGGCAUGGCAGAUCUCGGUCUCGCUCAACUCUAUGACAUGCGUACCAAUGCCGAGAUGAUUGCCAACUUGGACCCCUACGGCCCGCCCCUGAUUGCCGACAUGGACACUGGAUACGGCGGUCCUCUGAUGGUCUCCAAGUCUGUCCAGCAAUACAUCUCAGCUGGUGUGGCGGGAUUCCACAUCGAAGACCAGAUCCAGAACAAGCGAUGCGGCCACCUUGCUGGCAAGAGGGUCGUUGACAUUGAAGAAUACCUGACCCGUAUUCGCGCUGCCAAGCUGACCAAGGACCGUCUGCACUCGGACAUUGUUCUCAUUGCACGCACCGACGCCCUUCAACAGCACGGUUACGACGAGUGCAUCAAGCGUCUCAAAGCUGCGCGGGACCUGGGCGCCGACGUCGGUCUCCUCGAGGGAUUCACCUCGAAGGAACAGGCCCGACAAGCGGUGCAGGAUCUAGCGCCGUGGCCCCUGUUGCUGAAUAUGGUGGAGAACGGAGCCGGGCCGGUGAUUACCACCAAGGAAGCGCAGCAGAUGGGGUUCCGCAUUAUGAUCUUCUCGUUUGCCUCGUUAGCACCCGCUUACCUGGGGAUUAAGGGCGCCCUGGAGCGCCUGAAGACGGAAGGCAUCACGGGUAUUCCCGAUGGAUUGGGGCCGAAGAAUAUCUUCGAGGUUUGCGGGUUGAUGGACUCGGUCCGUAUUGACACGGAUGCUGGUGGCAGUGGCUUCAAGAACGGAGUCUAG